CUCAAUUCUAACUUUUCUAAAAACAAAAAACCUCAUACGUUCUUUGCUUGUCUACCUGGUUAUACAGGUAUCACUCGCUUGGUUAUUCUUGUUCUCAUUGUUUUAGUCGAGUGUUGCGCGAGUGACUACGGAGUACUCCGUACCGUCUCUCGUUAUCAUUACUUCUUUACUACGUAUUGUCUCCCCGCCUCGGGGCAUGUCUAUCGGGCAUUGUCACAUGGAACGUACGUAUGUACGAGUAGGCGGCAAUUCCUGCACCCCCGGCCUCUGACCACCUCCUCAUCCUCCUCUAACCCCUCUCCUACUCCCACCUGUGUGGUGAGAUUUUGAAAAAAGAUCUCUCUUCUCAAUCGCUUUCUCUCGGAUAUACUCAACCUUCUCCAGGGACACCCCCCCCCUGUUGAGCCUGCAGGAUGCAAUACGUCCGCAGCAUCAGCGGUUCCGUCUCGAAGACCUGGAAUUCCAUCAACCCAGCCACCCUCAGCGGGGCAAUUGAUGUCAUUGUGAUCGAGCAAGAGGAUGGAACGUUGGCUUGUUCUCCAUUCCAUGUUCGAUUCGGCAAGUUCUCACUCCUCCGCCCGUACGAGAAAAAGGUGGAAUUCUCCGUGAAUGGCGUCAAACAGGACUAUGCGAUGAAGCUGGGUGAGGGCGGGGAGGCUUUUUUCGUGUUCGAAACGACUGCCGAGAUUCCCGCCUCGCUGCAGACGUCACCCUUAGUUUCGCCUACCAGCAGUCCUAAGAUGCGCAGCGAAGAGAACAUUCCCUCUUCCUUGUCAGAGCCGGAGUAUUUAGACCUCGAUCGAUCCCCGUCGCCUACUGAAAACCAAGCCGAUGGGAAGUCAUCGGCUGAACUCCCCAUAUUGUCCAGGGGGAUGCGGGCAUCCAGCGACCUGGGUACCAUUACACCUCUUUCGCGAUCACCGGAUAACGAUUCAACUUUGGGCCGGUCCCGCCACGGCUCCUUCAGCGAGGGGCCUGCCAAGAUCGACCGGAUGGCCACCGAUAGCGUGCUUUUGACGAAGAAUCGAUCCAACAGUAUCGGGGUGACGAACCAGCCGUAUGCUGUGAAUGUCUCAGGCGAUGAAACCACUCCGGAUGGACGAUCCCGCAGCCCUCCGCCGUUGUCGCUCGAGGAAGUGAUGUCUCGAGCCGAAUCGCUGUCGAAGAAGCUGUCCGGGUCGAACAUCCCAUCUCGCGUCACGGAGACUGGAGACUUGAUGCUGGAUAUGACGGGCUACAAAAGCAGCGAGGAAGAUGCGCUGCGGGCGGAGGUCAUUGCCCGGAAGAUUCUCGCCGAAGAAUUGGAGGGCAAUUACGACAUCGGAGCCCUUAUCGGGGCAGAUGAGCACGGUAACCUAUGGAUCUAUAGCAGCGAGGAGGCCAAAGAGGCUGCCGAUCGCCGGGCUACGUUCAACACAAUGCGACCGGGGUCGGCAAUGAGUGAAAAUGCCAUCUCUGACCCGGGGUACCAUAGCGAUAGCGAUCCGUCCAUCCAUGACAAGGCAGUGACGGCCCGUCACUAUCGGACGCAAUCAGACGUGCAACCUGGCUUUCCCACGCCGCCACAGUCGCCUAGUCAAGAUUCCCUUGCCUUGGAACCCACACGUAAUUACGCAAAGACUUUACGAUUGACCAGCGACCAGCUCAAGGCUUUGAAACUGAGACCUGGACCCAACAACAUGUCGUUCAGUGUGAACCGAGCAACUUGCACCGCAAACAUGUAUCUGUGGAAUGGCAACACGCCGAUUGUGAUCUCAGACAUUGACGGGACCAUUACUAAGUCUGAUGCUUUGGGUCAUGUGCUGAACAUGAUCGGACGAGACUGGACACAUGCUGGAGUCGCCAAGUUGUACACAGACAUCGUGAAUAACGGCUACAACAUCAUGUACCUUACUAGUCGAUCCGUCGGCCAGGCCGACACUACGCGAGCCUAUUUAUAUGGAGUGUGCCAGGAUGGCUACCGACUCCCCAAGGGUCCAGUUAUCAUGAGUCCGGACCGGACCAUGGCAGCACUUCGACGGGAGAUCUACCUUCGGAAGCCCGAAGUCUUCAAGAUGGCGUGCUUGCGAGACAUCCUGAACUUGUUCAAUGGCAAGGAGAACCCAUUCUACGCCGGGUUUGGCAAUCGCCUGACGGACGCGCUAAGCUACCGCUCGGUGAAUAUCCCUUCUACACGGAUUUUCACAAUCAACUCAAAUACGGAGGUAUCGUUGGACCUUCUCAGUUUGAACAAAUACAAGAGCAGUUACGUUUCAAUGGGAGAGCUGCUUGACCACUUCUUCCCGCCUGUCAGUUUGCUGGUUCAGGCUGGUGGCGAGGAGUACACCGAUUUCACGUAUUGGCGUGAACCCCCGCCAGACCUCGAGGCGUUCUCAUGUACAGAUAGUGAAGCCGAAGACGAGGAACCGGAGGAGGACGAAGAGGAGGACGAAGAGGAAGAGGAUGAGGAAGAAGAGGAGGAGCUGGACGAGGACGACGAACUUGAGGAAGAUGAGGAGUACGACGGCGAGAUCAGCGACGAUGGCAGCGAGGCUCUGGAUGAGGAGGAGAUUGAUGAAGAGGAAGACCUUGGCGCCAGCUAUAUAUCGCAAGACUCUGUGGACGGAUUUGAAUUGGCGGAUGACCACCACAUUGUCCCCAAAGAGGAGGAAGUGAGAGCUCUCUAUGAACAUAAGGACAAAAGAGAUGUGGACUCAGAGGCCGCCACCACUUUAGUUAGUGUUUUUGCCUGCUCAACCUCCUCAGACACCCACCGCAAGGCGGUAGACGACACUUCCGCACGCUCCUAUCUCCUACGUACAGUACUCCGUCAAGUACAACAGCGCGCUUGCCCAGCAAAGCACUCCGCACGACUUCAGUGCAUCUCCUCCAUUCCACCUUCUCCCUCAGACAUGGCCUCACCCUCGCACCCUUCCAAUUCCGGCGCACCCACAACCAACCACCCGAUCACCCCUCCAGCCGACCACCACCAAUCGACCCCCAACGCGGCCUCCAACAUGAACACCACGAACAACACGACGACGACGUCGACGUCGACAAAUAACCCCGCCACUACCACCACCGCCAACCCCAACACAACAGCAACCACAGCACCCGCCCCCUCGACGACCCCAGCACCCCCCAACCAACCGACCCAAAUCCCCUCCACCUCCCUCAAAGACAGCGGCAAGUCGCGCCGCCCGCGCGAUGUCCGCCUCAUCCACAUGCUCCUGGCCAGCCUGGGCGUGACGGCCUACCAGGAGCGCGUGCCGCUCCAACUCCUCGACUUCGCCUACCGGUACACCUCGAGCGUGCUGCAGGACGCGGUCCACCUGGCGACGGAGGGUUACGCGGGCGCGACGACGGACACGGGCGCGGCGGCGCGCGGCCCGCCCGAGGUCAACAGCGUCAGCCUGCCGGCGCUGCGGCUGAGCAUCGCCUCCCGGCUGCACUACCAGUUCCAGUCCGGCCUGCCCAAGGAAUUCCUCAUGGAUGUGGCGGCGGAGCGCAACCGCGUGGCGCUGCCGGGCGCGAGCCGCGGGUUCGACCAGCAGGGCAACUCGAAGGUGGUGGCGGGCAGCCAGGGCAGUGUACUGAUGGGUGGGCUGCGGUUGCCGCCGGAGCGGUUCUGCUUGACGGGUACCGGGUGGAAUCUGCGGGAGGAGUGGGAGAGUGAAGGGGAGGAGGAGGUGGAGAUGGAGCAGCCGGGGGAUUUCGGGGGCGAUGGCACGUCGGGCGGUGCGAGGGAGAAUGGGGUUACUGGGGUGAAGAAAGAGGAGGAUGGUGAGGAUGAGGAUGAGGAUGGCAAGAUGGAGGAUGUGUUCGGGGAGGAUACGGCCAUGGGGGAGGAUGAUGAUGCGGAUAAGGAUAUGACGGAUGUUUAGUUUGGGGGUUGGGUGGAUAUGGAUGGUGUUUUGGCGCUCGGCGUGAGACUAGGUUGAUCGAAUUUCGACGAGGAGAGAGGUCAGGUUCUAUACCAUAUCUAUAAUCAUCACGACUUCAGCUUCUGCUCCCCGGCCACUUUUGAAUCCUCGAACCCUCAGCCACUCUCUGGUCCAUACUAUACAUGUACAGAUAUGCUUUCUAAAAGGUAACCUGUAAACAACGACCAGACAGAG